UGUUUGAAUUACACGAAACCGACAAUUUCGAUCCAACAACAACAACAACAACCCAAAACACAAUUCGAAACGCAAUACCGCUUCUUCGUCAACAAGUCCACUUUGCUCUUUUUGACAUUCCUUCCCCCCCUUCUCCCUACUCUCUCACACACACACUCUCUCUAUAUAUAUCACUUUACAUUACGUUCUUUUCGUUCUAAUAUACACAUUCAUACACACAAUGUCUGCUACAAGCUUCAGUCAAUUCCGUUUUUCAGCAGGGGAUGCAAACGAAGCGUCAAGGACUGUGCGCGUCGCAGCCAAAGAUGGCCGAACUGGCCAAGAUAUUCAGCUUUAUUAUACGAACCACAAAGUGAUCGGCAACGGCUCUUUUGGUGUUGUUUACCAAGCCAAGCUUGCACACAGUGGAGAGGAUGCGGCCAUCAAGAAAGUCUUGCAGGACAAGAGAUUCAAGAACCGUGAGCUGCAGAUCAUGAAAGUCAUGAGCCAUCCCAAUGUGUGCGGCUUAAAGGCAUAUUUCUAUACACAAGGCGAUACCAAGAAAGACGAAGUGUACCUGAACCUAGUGAUGGAAUACGUACCCGAAACAGUGUAUCGCGUAUCGCGCCAUUAUGCCAAGAUCAAGCAGCCCAUCCCGAUGCUCCUCAUCAAGCUAUACAUGUACCAGCUCUUCCGAGCAUUGGCUUACUCACACACGCUGGGCAUCUGCCAUCGUGACAUCAAGCCCCAGAACCUGUUGGUCAGCCCUGUCACCGGUGUUCUCAAGUUGUGUGAUUUUGGAAGUGCAAAGAUUCUGGUGGCGAGCGAACCUAAUGUAUCAUAUAUCUGCUCACGCUAUUAUCGAGCACCGGAACUGAUCUUUGGCGCCACAAGCUAUACUACAGCAAUUGAUAUAUGGUCGGCAGGUUGUGUGAUGGGCGAGUUCUUACUGGGACAACCGUUGUUCCCUGGCGAGAGCGGCAUUGAUCAGCUGGUGGAAAUCAUCAAGAUCCUGGGAACGCCGUCAAAAGAACAGAUUGCCAAAAUGAAUCCACACUAUGUCGACCACAAGUUCCCUCAGAUCAAGCCACAUCCAUUCUCAAAAGUGUUUCGAUCGCGAGUGCAGCCCGAAGCAAUUGAUCUCAUCUCUCGUGUGCUUCAAUACGAUCCACAGGCAAGAUUAACAGCAAGUGAGGCACUGGUCGAUCCGUUUUUUGAUGAAUUGCGGAAUCCGGAUACCAAGCUGUCGACAGGACGAGAACUCCCGCCUCUUUUUGACUUUACUGCUGAAGAAUUAUCCAUUCGUCCUGAUCUGAUACACAAACUUGUUCCUUCUCAUUGCCACGAAAAACUCUUGUUCCGAGGAAUCGAUGUACACAACUUUCAACCCAUCCCACUAGAGAAAAUGCGCUUACCCUCCCUCGACUGAAUCCCACAACAACAAUACAAGUUGAUUUUAUAUAUUUCAAAUCCAAUCCUGUGGGAAGGGUUCUCUCGUUUCGGGUUGGCCAUCUUAUGUGAUGUUUUUACAAGGGAAUGGGGUUUUAAUUCAAAUGGUGGGGAAAGAGGGGACGCGACUUUACUGGUCGUAUAUAUAGCAGCUCUAUGUUAGUUCUAUCGAGACACAGAACGGAUGGUGUAUCAAGCAGAUGUAUCUAUAAUAUUGGAAGGAGCAAGACUGUUAC